AUGAUAAAUUCUUCAAUUUAUAAAUUUUACAGAUCUUUAAAUAUAAAAAUACAGAAAGAUAUAAUAAUUGAUAAACUUGGAUCUUCGGUAAUUUUUAUCAUUGCUGCACAUAACUCGUUUUAUAUUUAUGAUAUAGAAAAGUUCAAUAUUUUACUUAUUAGUCCAUACAUUCCACUAAUAGAGAAAAUAUAUUUUUACAGGGAUGUUGUAUACGUGAUUUCUAACAAAGACAUUUUAGUGUAUAAAAGGGCAGUUUUAUUUCAUACAAUGCACUUUGAUAGGCAAGUAAGAUCUAUAAAUUUUCUUGAUUGUUUUUUAUUUGUAAUAUUAAGUGAUGGUAAUAUGUUUAUAUAUGAAACAUCAAAUUAUUGUUGUGAUGAUACAUCUAUAAAAUGCGAUACUACUUACUUAUCUACACUUGAAGGAGUUAAGACUAUUUAUCAUCCUCAAACAUAUAUUAAUAAGAUUGUCAUUCAGUAUAACGAUAAAUUAGUUCUUUAUAAUUUUAUAAAAAAUAAAGUUAUUUAUGAAUAUAAAAAUAUCAAAUCUAAUUUUAUUAAAUUAGCAGAAACCAAGGUUCUUGAUAUUAUUGGUGUAUUGUACAAUGAUAGAAUAGAUAUAUUUAAUUUAAAACAGGAUAAAAUUGUAUUUACUAUAAAUUUUACACAAAAUACUACUAGUGAUUUUUCAGAUAUUGAUUUUUCGGUGGAUAAAUUACUUUUCGUUAAAGAUAAUUGUCUUUAUAUUUAUGAUAUGAUAAAUAAAUAUCAAAUAUGUUAUAAAAAUAAUGUAUUUAAUGCUAAAUUUAUAGAUGAUACGUAUAUAUUAAUAAUAACAGAAUCAGAGAUAUUUAUUAGUGAAAUUAUUAACGGUAAAUUAAAUACAAUAAAAUAUAAAUUAAUAAAUGUACCAAAUAUUAUUGGUAUAGAAUUUAUUAAUAAUAAAAAUUUUAUUAUUAUUAAUAAAGAUGCAGUAGUAAGAUAUAAUAUAUACAAUGAUAAUAACUUUGCUAAAAUUCUAAUUGAUAAAAAUGAUCAAGAUGAAUUAAGUGAUAAGUGCUCUAUAAAAUAUUCCGUGUAUAAGAAUAAUGUUAUUUUAUACAAAAAAAAUACACUUUUUAAUGUAGAUCUAGAAUAUAAAAGAUCUACUACUUUAUUAAGGAAUUUAUUAGAAAAUAUUUCACUUUAUAAAGAAAGAGCUUUACUUGUUACAGAAAAAUAUACUUUACUGAAUAUUAAAAGUAAAUUAGUGCAUUACAAAUUAGAGAAGAAAUAUAGUAAAGUGUGUUACUAUGAAGAUUUUAUUAUAUCAUACACAGAUAAAGAGAUUUUUAUACAAAAUAUUACUAAUAAACAUAGUUAUGAAAUAUAUCUAUUAGAUAUAACAAAUAUUAGAGUUCUUGAAGGAUUUAUUUGUAUUAGUACAAAAUUUGCUUUAUUUUUUUAUAACUUUAAUGAAACUGAAAGUUUUAGAAAAUUUUCUAUCGAAAAUAUUUUAGAUUGGGAUAUUAAUAAUAAAAUAUUAUGUGUUUUACAAAAAAGAUCAAUAUAUAUUUAUGAUAUUCUUAGUAAUAUCUUAAUAGAUAAAAUUACAAAUGAGGCUGAUAUGAAAUAUAUUAGAUUUAGUAAAGAUAACUUCUUUUUACUAGUUGUUACUGAAUCAGAUGAAAUAAUUAUGUUAUGUAAUAAAGUAUUUAAUACUAAAUAUAAAGAGGAAACAGAAAAUAUUUUAAAUAUAGAUUUACUUUCUCUUGACAAUAAACCUGAAUCUGCAAAUUGGAAUAUUAAUGAAAUCUUUAAUAUUAAAUACCAGACAAUUGAUAUUGAUGAAAUCAUAGAUGAUAUAUUUUGUAAUCUUGAAAGCAAUUAUUUAAAAUAUAAUGCUUUACUUAAUCUUGUACUAAAAAAAUAUUAUAAAAAAAUUAGUAAAGAAAAAAUCAAGGAAAUAUACGAAAAGUAUAAAAUUAUAAGUAAAAAAUAUUUAGAAAAUUAUAUUAGAUGCAUAAAAUAUUAUCAAUAA